ACGGAUCCUACCGGGACUGAAGUGCUUCCAACAAGGAGGACAUGGAUGGGACGGCCUGCGGAUGAUGGUGGAGCAGCAGCCGCGGCUGUCUAAGUCACCCAGGACCUUUAAAUCCCCCUGGAGAGCUGCCAAGUCCCGUGCCAGGAGGGGAGAUGCGGAGGGUCCCCAGUGCCUUGCUGUGAAAUGCCACGCAAGCAGGAGUGAGGCAAGCAAGCAGUGCCUGCAUGUGACCCAUGUGCCGGGACAAGCAGUUGGCUGGGAUCGCGAUCGCUGAAGAUGCACAGGGUGAGGAAAUAUUUCCGAGGCAGUGGCAGAGCCCUGGCAUUCAUAUUCAUUGCCUCUGUCAUCUGGCUGAUUUUUGACAUGGCAGCUCUGAGGUUUUCCUUCAAUGAGAUCAACGGCAAACUGAUGAAAGAGGAGCUUUUCAGGAGGGAGAAGGAAGGCUUCGCUCCCUGGAAGUCUCCUGGAAGGAACAGUGUGGACAGAGUAUGGUUAAAAGGGGACACUACUAAACUUAAGGGGGUCUUUCAUCCCCCGACAGAUCCUGUAAGACUUGAUUUAGGUCAGGCUGUUAAUAGGGACUUUAUUAUUGCAAAGCAGAGGAAAAGAACUAUAAAGCCGUUACAGGUGUUUAAUAGAACGGUUUUGCCAAUUGGGAGACCAACAGCAGCCAAAUCCCCCGACCUCCACUCAUGGGAACAAGGUAAAGACAUGCUUGGGGACAAGAGGGGUAAGUUUCAGAACCCCCUGCAGACGGAUGCAUUACACAGAGCGGUGGUCAGGGUUAGUUCGGCUACCUCUGUGCCUGUAAGGGCAGGUGUUCAGAAUGUGGAGAAACCUGCAGGUGACUUAAAGGUUGCUGGGAAGUCCAACGGUGUGGGAAACUCGGACGGCAUAGGGGAGUUCAAAGGGACAGGCGACCCGAACAUUUUGAAGGUCAUAGGAGAGCCACAGGUUGGAGUCAACAGGACAGGUACAGGAGAGUCCCAGGAUGCAGAGAACAUAAAAGUUGUAGAAGAGUCCAACGCUGCUGGAGAUGGCGAAACUUAUAGGGAGUCCAAGAUCAAUGGGGAAAAUAAAGCUAUAGUGGUUUUCAAGGCUGGAGAGGUGAAGAAAGAUUCUAGAGAGAACAAGGAUGAAGGGAACAAGGGAGAUGCCGGGGAGCAAAAAGAUGGAGGCAGAAAAGAUGCUGGGGAGAAAAAGGGUGAAGGGGACAGGAAAGAUAUAGGGGUGCAAAAAGUUGACGGGGACAGGAAAGAUGCAGGGGAGCAAAAGGAUGAAGGCUAUAGAAAGGAUACAGGGGAGAAAAAGGCUCAAGAAGACAGGAAAGAUAGUGGCAAGCAAAGGGCUGAAGAAAACAAGAAAGCAGGGGAGCACAAUUUUGAAGGCGAUAGGAAAGAUGCAGGAGAAGAAAAAGCUGAAGGUGACAAGAAGGAGGCAGGGGAGCAAAAGAUCGAAUUGGGCAGGAAUGAUGCAGGGAAGCAAGAGGCUAAAGAACUCAUUAAAGUCCAAGAUCAGCAAAAGGCUGAAGGGGGCAUUAAAAAUACAGGGGAUCAGAAGGCUGAAGGGGACAAAAAAGAAGCAGGUGGACCAAAAGCCGAAAAUGUAAUGGAGAUAAGUAAAGGAUUACAAGAGAACUUGCCAGGUAAAGACACAAGAGUACUUCAGAAAAUCAAUGAAACGCUCAAAGAAACUGUAAUUGUUAUAGAUAAAGUCAAUGCCACCUCGCCACUUACCCAUAAUCUCAGGGCAGCCAAUGCAAAUAAAUCCACGUCAAAUGAUGACGUGCCUCUCAAUGGUAACUUAGACAAGGUUUCUGUAAAUGGUGCAAGGAAUGUGACUGAUAAAAAGCCGGCUACUCCUAAUAGCCUUAAAUUACCCAUUACCCCUGUCGUGGAUAACAGAAAUGUAAAAGUCACUAAUAAAAAACUGCAUUUUAAAGAAGGAUUUUUGGGUAAAGUGGAUGAAAAAGGAGACAGGAUGAGGCAAAAUCAAAGAAAAAACACCACAGGUACAAAAAAUAAGUUUCCAGCGAAAGAGAAAAACUUCAAUCAAGUCGCAAUGGCAAGGAGUUCUGGGAAGCACAAAGUCUUAACUCUAGAUAGAACAAUGGCACCAAGAGACCUCAGAGCACCAGGCCAGUUUGGAAGACCUCUGAAGGUUCCUAAAGACAAGGAAGCGGAAGCCAACAGAAGAUGGAAGGAGGGAAAUUUCAAUGUCUAUCUGAGUGAUCUCAUCCCACUGGACCGAGCAAUUGAAGAUACAAGGCCAAACGGGUGUUCCGAAAAACUUGUGCAUGAUGACCUUCCUACAACCAGCAUUAUCAUGUGUUUUGUUGAUGAAGUUUGGUCCACGCUCAUCCGCUCUGUUUUUAGUGUUCUGAACCGAUCUCCAGAUCAUCUUGUUAAAGAAAUCAUUCUCGUUGAUGACUUCAGUACUAAAGCAUACCUUAAAGACAACUUGGAUAAAUUUGUGCUGAAGUUUCCAAAAGUCAAAAUACUUCACCUGGGGGAGAGACACGGCCUGAUUCGUGCCAGAAUCGCUGGAGCCAAUAUUGCUACAGGGGACGUUUUGACGUUUUUGGACUCUCACGUAGAAUGCAAUGUUGGGUGGCUCGAGCCGCUCCUGGAACAAGUUCGACUAAACAGAAAGAAAGUAGCAUGUCCGGUGAUUGAAGUCAUUAGUGAUAAGGACAUGAGCUAUAUGACCGUAGACAACUUCCAGAGAGGCAUCUUUUCAUGGCCCAUGAAUUUUGGCUGGAAGCCCAUUCCUCCAGAAGUACUGAAAAAGAAUAAAAUAACAGAAAUCGAUCCAAUAAGGUGUCCGGUUAUGGCUGGCGGAUUAUUUUCCAUCGAUAAGAAAUAUUUUUAUGAACUGGGAACGUAUGAUCCUGGACUGGAUGUUUGGGGAGGUGAAAACAUGGAAUUAUCAUUUAAGGUAUGGAUGUGCGGAGGAGAAAUUGAGAUCAUCCCGUGCUCCAGAGUUGGCCAUAUAUUUAGGAAUGACAACCCAUAUUCAUUCCCAAAAGAUCGGAUAAAAACCGUAGAAAGAAACUUAGCUCGAGUUGCGGAGGUUUGGUUGGAUGAAUACAAGGAACUCUUCUACGGCCAUGGCUAUCACCUACUUCAGCAAAAUUUGAAUAUCGGGGAUCUAACGGAGCAAAGGGCACUUCGAGAGAAACUGCAGUGCAAAAGCUUUAAGUGGUAUAUAGAUCAUGUCUACCCGGACCUCGAUGCUCCAGUCAUCAGAGCUACUGGAGUGCUGAUGAACAAAGAACUGGGGAAAUGUCUUUCUUUACAAAACUCGACAUUUUUGUUGGACCCAUGUGACGCCAGUAAACAGAACCAGAGAUUUAACUACACCUGGCUUCGGUUACUUAAACAGAAUGAUCUCUGCCUUGCCCCUUCCAACCAGAAAGACAAAGUGAGUCUGCACCCCUGCAACAAUACAGACAGCAACCUCAGAUGGCUCCACAAAUCCCUGACGUCUUUUCAGCCGCCCCUGAAGGAACAUUUUCUUCUGGAAAACAUACAGCAUCCAACGUGCUUAGAUGUGGAUCAGUCGCACAGGAGCAUAAAAUUAAGUACAUGCGAACCCUCGAAUAAACAUCAGAAGUGGCAGUUCGAGAAGUACUUUGUAGAGUGAAGACAAUGAAGAUAAAUACGUUUACUGCUGUGAAAUGAGCCACCAACUAGAAACGCUAGCAUCCGAAACAAAAAAUCUAUUUUUAUAACUAAAAUCAAAUGCACGAGACUUCUUUUCCAAAGCGCUCCGCAGUUUACAUUGAAUUAGUUAACUUUUAUGAAAUGUUUCCAGUUCUGCAACGUGAAAAUGGACGAGAGAAAAUGCAGAACUCGGAUCUGACUUUGGGAAUAAGACAAUGGAAAUUCCAAUCAAGAUUACGUUCUAUUUAUUCCAAACCAGGCAGAGGUGCAAAUCGGGAUUCCGUGAAUGAAGGUUGUUGGGAUAAUCCUUAGAUUUUAAAAAUUAGGGUGUCAAAUUAAUGCAAAAAAAGUUGUAUUUAUGCAAAGUCCUGUCCUCUAAAUUUAAUAAAGGUCGUUUUCUGAC